AUGAGAGACACCAGGAGUGACCAGACAUUCAUGACCAGCAGGACACCAGAAGAGGCCAUACUGGUGCUAGUGGAUUCAAGCUCCUCCAUGAAUGAGACAUGCUAUGAUUCCGAUGACAAAAUGACGCGGUUGGAUGCUGUUAAACAGCUCUUCGAUAACUUCGCAACUAGAAGCAUGGCGUACAAUUUUCAUCAUGUCAUUGGCUUGGUGAAGUUUGACUCAUCAGUUAAAACUCUCCACACAUUUACAGAGAAUCUGGAGACCUUUAAGGAACACGUACACAAUCUGGAGGCCAAUGGAUGCACUGUGCUGUAUGAUGCCUUGAAACGUGGCAUGUCUCAACUGAAACAAGUUGGAGAGCAAUUUUCAGACUGCAGACUUCGCAUCAUAUGUCUCACAGAUGGGAAUGAUGAUGGGUCAAUGACUGAACCAGAUGCUGUCACAACCAAACUGAUGAGCCUGAACAUUGUUGUUGAUGCCAUCGUUGUUGGAAAGGUGGACAACAACGUGCUUCGUGGAAUCAGCAAUGCAACAGGAGGGUGUUGUUUUAAACCAGAGACGAGUAAAGCUGGUCUGAAGCUCUUUGAAAUGGAAACCGUUCUGUCUUUGGAGAUGAGGAAGCUGAAGAAGAAAUUGGACCCAUCCUACAUUAAGAGCGAGAGCAUUCUAGUUGCUCUCUUCGCCAACCGGGGUUAUGACGAGAAGCCAGAGGUUGCUCUGCCAAGUCAACUAAAUGAUAAAGUGACCUUAACAGAGAACUCAUUGAAAAAGAACAUAAAGAAAUCCAAGAGCAGCUGCUUUUUGGAGAAGGACAAACGCAUUCUAAAAGAGCUGAAGAGCCUGCACUGUGACCCACAUCCAUUCUGCACAGUUUUGCCGUCAGAGUCAGACUUUACGUUUUGGAAGAUUCUCAUGCAAGGCCCCCCUGAAACACCUUACGAGAAUGGAGCCUUUGAGCUGUUCUGUCAGUUUGGGGCUGACUACCCCGUCAAACCUCCACUUGUGCGCUUUGUCACACCUGUGUACCACUGUAACAUAAACAGUGUGGGUCGUAUCUGCCACAACAUAUUUGACCGCAGCUACAACGCUCACAUAACCAUGAGAGAGAUCUUGGAUGCUGUAUAUGGACUGCUCAUUGUCCCUGAACCUGAUGAUCCACUGGACAGAAGCUACCCCUUGACUGCCAGACGCUACCCCUUGACUGCCAGACGCUACACCUUGACUGCCAGAUGCUCCCCCUUGACUGCCAGACGCUACCCCUUGACUGCCAGACGCUACCCCUUGACUGCCAGACGCUACCCCUUGACUGCCAGACGCUACCCCUUGACUGCCAGACGCUACCCCUUGACUGCCAGACGCUACCCCUUGACUGCCAGACGCUACCCCUUGACUGCCAGACGCUACCCCUUGACUGCCAGACGCUACCCCUUGACUGCCAGACGCUACCCCUUGACUGCCAGACGCUACACCUUGCCCACCAGAAGCUACCCCUUGACUCCCAGAAGGCUAUUAUACAUGCUCAUGGGCGUGGGGGAGGUGUGCCCCUUUCUAUCCAAUGAGAUCACCUCUGGAUAA